AUAAACAUAACUUUUUGUUUAUUUGUUCUAAUGUUUACUUAAAAAUCAGAUUUGUGUAACUAGGUAUCCUUAGAUUAAAAUGAGUUCUGUGUGCGGCGAGGUUGGGUUUCAAAGACCUCCUCCUCCUGUCAGAAAACGUAGAAGUAUUCUACCUAGAACUAAACUUGUCAAGAAUCUGGACCAAGCGCAUAUAGAACCUAGAACAGCUCCAGGUCCAAGUUACACCGGUUAUCCGGGUCCCAGGGAGGAUGGUAGAUUCCACAGAGAUAAAGGGAACUCUGAGAGCCAAAAGAAUGACAACCGAACCCGAGGAGAUACCGAGGGGAGAGAUGGGAGAUCUACUCCAGGUGAACCCGGAUACAGAACAUCUCCAGGUGUACCCGGAUACAGAACAUCUCCAGGUGUACCCGGAUACAGAACUUCAGCUGGGAACAGAUAUAAGGAGAAGAACUUGAGUCCUCAUGUUCCAUUCUCGGACAAGGUUUUGAAAUCUCCUUCACUCAAAAAGAAAAGACAGGCACCUUCUCCCCCCUCUUCAUCAGUAGAACCUGGAUACCAUUCCUCUCAUUCUUCAGUAGAACCUGGAUACCAUUCCACCCACCCUUCCCAAAUAUCUUGUGGAAAUCCAAAUUUUCUUUAUCAUUCGAAAGAAGAGCAUAAUUCCAGCUACACACACGAUGUUAACUCGAAAUACAGACACGAGACCAACUCGAGUUAUAGUUCUGUGCAAAAUAUUAACUCCAGUUCUGGUCAGAAUUUGAACUCAAGAUCAAGACAAAAUAUUGUCUACAGUUCAGAAAAUGAUAUCAACUUAAGUAUUAAUUCUAUUAUAAAUUCAAGUUGCAGUUACGAUAAAAACACAAGUUCAAGAACUAAAAUAAAAUCAAGUUCUAGGAAAGGAAUUUACUCGAGUUCACGGGACUGUUUGAACCCAAGUUCAAGACAGUAUAUGAUCUACACUUCAAAACCAGUGAGUGACUCUAGUCUAGGAAAUGUUCCUGGUUUAAGUCAGUCAGGAGAACAUCUGUCUCCGAACUCACCAAGAUCUACUCCGAUAUCUUCCAAUCCUCAAACCCGAUCAAUUCAUCCUUCUCCGCAUAUCCGAACCAGUCACUCCUCACCGACGGGAUUUGAAAGUUUACCGGAGACUGAUAUCCGUCCUGUAUCCGGGUUACCCAAACCUUUGGACCGAAUCUCUAGAUCUAACAAACCCUUUCAUCCUUCUCUCUCUACAUCUAAAACUACGCCUAAUAUUGGAUCUUCAAGGAUCAAAGAGAAUUCUGCGUUUUUGGGAUUAAAUUCUGAGAAUCCUGAGGAGAAAGAGAGACAUGCAGAGCUAGUCAACGAGCUCCGGGAUGUUUUAGAACAGAAGAAAGUUCUGAAAUCUGUUGAAAUGUUUUCAACUGUGGAAACUAACAGUUCUAUCUUCAAGUUCUCCACCUAUAAGUCGUAUAACCCAGUUCCACAGAAAUCAGAGAACAUGAGAAGCAAAAUCAAACUUUUCGACACUGAGCCAGCGACUAGAAAGGAACAGAGUGGGGAAGAAAAGAAAACUGCAAGAAAAGAAGAAAAUGCUCACCAGAAUAAAGAAAAAGUGCUUGAGAAUGGAUUCAGCUCCGGAGUUUUUAAACAUACAGGUGCAAGAUCUAAAAAUACUUAA